AUGGACGACACGCACUUUUCGCGGGUCGAUGGACUCUGGGUAAACAGUGUCCCGAAAGAGGAGCAAGUGGAGAACUCGAAGCGGGAGGGCGGUGCUGGUGCGCUGGACCCCGAAGCUCUCCUGACUGGGCGUACCGGGUCACUCGAAAGUCUGCAAAGUCAGCUGUCUCUGACGAGUCCCGCGCCUACCCCUUGGGGAUCGACGGUUUCUCUGAGCAACUCGAGCGUUAAUCUAGGCCAGAGUACCUCUGCGCAGGGGCCGGAAAGCGAAAGCAGUGCUGCAACCGGCUGGACGCGAGCGGUCUCUGUUCAAAACGCAGGCGGAAUGGCUCCGCAUCCAGACGGCCUUGGCUCGUGCUUUCCGGGAUCAGGGUUUGGUCGCCAUGUGGACGUGCCGCCAGAGGCCCGCGGACCCGUCAGAGUAACCUCGUAUUCGUCGUACAAUUUCGGCCCUGUACCGAGAAGCUCGUUGGGAGCUAGCGCGCUGCCAACGACCUACGAGGAUAGCGUUCCUUCGUACUUGUUCCGUGACGAUGAUGGAAUGAGAGCUCCCGAGUUGUGGCCCGCGGAAGAUAAUCGAGAUAUCUGGAGCGAGACUAGAGAUAUUGGUUCACACUUAACACUGGGUGUUUCAGGUCCUCGUUGGGCAGAACCUUGGAAUCAUCGACCUUUUUUGACUUCACUUAAGAGCGCUUCAUCGAGCGGAAUGGCGCCGCUUCCACCGCGCCGAUGUGCUUCAUUUGCGGCGCUUCCGAGCGACGGGGCGGCUCCCGUGGCAACUUCUCUGUCCGCUAAUGCAGCGAGGCUUGUGCUAGAGGAGUUGCGACAAGAGAGAAUAUUAUUGGAGAACAUGAAAGAACGUGUGCCAAGAGUCUGGCUGCUUCUGUGUGCAGAAAUCCAUCGCGUUCAGGAGAUUCUGCGGCAGUGUUGCGCAACGAGCACAUCAGAAGAAUCCCUCGCACCCGGCCGAAGCGUUGCUAAUAGUGUUCCAGAUGGAAUGCGCCCACUCUCGAGCCAGGGCCAAGGCAUGAGUUCAUCUGGAAACUCUCAGUUCAGUUUGGCAUGCUCUAGCAGUGGAAGCCUCAACAGCGAUGGUAACGCUUCGCUCGCGGCAACGCAAGCGAGAGGUGAUGCUAUGGGCAGUGCUGCGGGGCUGCCGUCUGAUCCCACACUCAAGGAUGCUACUGAAGGAGGAUCGCUGACCCGACCAGGCCCGAUUGGUGGACCACAGUCGGAUGCUGCGGCUUUUCCAAAUGCGCUUCCCCAGGGCACAGGUACUAAGAUGUCUGCCCGAAACAUCGUGAAAAAGCGAUGUCGAGUAUCCGUCCCAGCUGACCAGUAUCCAGACUACAAUUUUGUUGGCAGGUUGUUAGGCCCACGCGGGGCCACGUUGAAAAAACUUGAGAAAGAAACAGGCUGUAAGAUUAUGAUUCGAGGGAAGGGUUCUAUCCGCAAAGACAAAGAGAAUGAAGUGCGCGGCAAGCCUGGCUGGGAACACGUCUUCAGUGAGCCUCUCCAUGUCAUUCUGGAGGCAGAGAUGGAGGAGAGUCAGGCCGAUUACGCCCUCGAGCGUGCCAAGGAACUGGUAGAACUGCUAUUGAUCCCCGUCCCGGAAGACCGGGAUACCCUCAAACGAGAACAACUUCGGGAACUAGCCAUGCUCAAUGGGACGCUGCGUCAGUCCGCAACCGAACACGAGAUACCAACUGGGGCGAGCCCGAUGUCAGGCUCGGCGGGAACGCAGGGCUCGGACGCCCAGUCCGGUACUCAGGCAGGCAGGCGAUCGCGUCGAUCGCUCUCUGGAGCUGGGGGCUCUUUUUCGGGGUCGCGACCAGGUACCAUCACAACUGCAUCCGCUGAAGCUUCCCUGACAAACAGCGAGUAUCGAAUAUUCGGUAUGACCGGUUCCUUGGGUAAUAUGAGACUCGCGGAUAUGAAUAGUUGA